AUGUCCCAAUAUGAACGAUUUGUAUUGUCCUGCGAUGUCGGAACAUCAUCCGUACGCACAGCUCUCAUCAAUCUUCGGAAUGGAUCUAUCAAGUCUAACUCUCUCAUCACUGAUUGUUCCAUUGAAUUAUUUACUCAUCCCCUUACAAUGCACAUGGAACAGUCAUCGACAAAUAUUUGGAAACAAAUUUGUAAAUCUUGUAACAAGUCUUUACAAUGUUCAAACACGAGACCGGAACAAGUAGUUGGUUUAUGCUUUGAUGCCACAUGCUCGUUGGUUGUUUGGGAUGUUGAGAGAAAUAAGCCAAUCUCGGUAUCUCUACCAUCGUGUGAUGGCAAUACCGUUACAAACGAAGAGGAAGUGAGAAAUAUUAUUUUAUGGGCAGAUCAUAGAUCUAAAAAACAAGCCGAUGAAAUUAAUAACAUCAAACAUGAAGUAUUGAAUUAUGUAGGAGGAAAAAUGUCACCUGAAAUGGAAAUGCCAAAAAUUAAAUGGUUAUUUGAUAAUCAUGUGAUAAAUUUGGAGAACGAAGCUGUGCAUUUCUUUGAUUUAGCUGAUUGGCUCACAUACAAAUGCACAGAUGAAGUUUCUGUACGAUCUCAAUGCACAACAACCUGUAAAUGGGGUUUUGUCUUUGAUGAAUGUUCAACACAAAAGAAUAUUAUUUGCAAUGGAUGGAACAUUGAAUUUUUAAAAAGUAUUGGUCUUGAACAUUUGGUGCAACCAUCAAAUAGAAUAGGAUCUAGCAUUUGUGAAAUUGGAAGAAAUAUUUCAUAUCCAUUGACAAAACAAAGCGCUCAAGAACUAGGCCUAUUGGAAGCCAUACCUGUAGCUAUUCCUGUAAUUGACGCUCACGCUGGAGGAAUUGGAAUGAUUGGGGCUGUUUUGAAUAUGAAUGAAAAUAAUACAAAAGAUGAUCUUUCUCGAACCAUUGUGAUCAUAGCUGGAACGUCAAGUUGUCACAUGGCUGUUUCCAAAGACCCUAUUUUUAUUGACGGUAUUUGGGGCUGCUAUCGUAAUGCAAUGGUACAAGAUAUGUAUCUCAAUGAAGGGGGUCAAUCCUUUGUUGGUGCACUAAUUGAUUAUGUUGUUGAAUCUCAUCCAAAAUAUUUUGAACUUGUAAAAUUAACAUAUGAAGAAACAAAGGAGCUCAAUAUUUCUCGAUUGAAGAAGAAAGUUUAUCUUAAAUUGGAUGAAAUUUUAGAAUUAUUAAGAAAACAGAGGAAUCUUGAAAGCGUUGAUUUUUUAACUCGAGACAUCCAUGUGUUACCGCAUUUUAAUGGAUGUAGGUCUCCACUUGCCGAUCCAAAUAUGAGAGGUGUCAUCUCCGGGCUUCAAACUCUCCCUCUAAAUACUAAUGAACGUAUUUAUGAAAUUGUUCAUGGAAAGGAAACGCAACUGAUAAUUUCUAGAUUGUUGGAUUUUGAAUCGUUAGCUGUCCUGUACUUGUCAACUAUUCAAUCACUUGCUUAUGGAACAAGACAUAUCAUCGAUGAAAUGGUUAAAAAAGGCUAUAAUAUUGACAGUAUUUUCAUGUGCGGAGGUAUAUCAAAUAAUGAGCUCUUUGUUCGUCAACACAGCAAUGCUACAAGUUUGCCAAUUUAUAGAAUGGAUGAAGAUUCAAUGUUAUUAGGAUGUGCUGUUUUGUCAGGUGUCGCCUGCCAUGAAUAUCCCAAUAUGUUUGACGCAAUGAAGCAUAUGUGUCACCUUAAUAGAAAAAAAGAUGUAAUUCCUCAGCAAAACACUCAAGAAUAUCACCAAAAGAAAUACAGUGUCUAUUUGAAAAUGAACAAGGAUUUCAUAGAGUAUCGAGAAAUGAUGAAGUAA